AAUGAUUAUCAUCCAAAGAAAAAAUUUGGCGCCAUAAUUGAUUUGUUUUUUGUUUGUCGUCAUAUUUUCCGGAUUCACUUCUUGUUUUACCAAAAACAAAUAUGGAAACCAUACAUCCAGCAAUGAUAUAUGAUCCUGGUCCGUUAGAUAAUAAUGAUAAUUUAUCGAAAAAUUUUUAUAAUAAUCAUCAUCAUCAUCAUCAACAACAACAACAACAACAUCAUCCGGAAUUGGAACAUUUAGCCAAAACAAUGCCAAAACCAACAAUAAUCAACAACAACAACAACAACGAUGAAUCAAAUUCAACAAAAUCACCAUCGAAUAAUAGUACAAAUAUUCGAUCACAAUCACGAAUGUCAAUUUCACAUGAUAAAGGAUUGCUUAAUAUGCCUGGACAGAAUAAUUGUUUUCUUAACAGUGCUGUACAGGUUCUAUGGCAUCUGGAUAUAUUUCGUAGAAGUUUUCGUGAAUUACAAGGACAUGCCUGUAUGGGUGAUUCAUGUAUUUUUUGUGCUUUAAAGGAACUAUUCAAUCAAUUUCAAAGUAGCACAGAAUCAGCAUUACCACCCGAUUCAUUACGUUUUGCAUUAGCACAAGCAUUCAGUGAUCAACGUCGAUUUCGACUUGGAUAUAUGGAUGAUGCUGCCGAAUGUUUUGAAAACAUCUUAUUUCGUAUACAUUAUCAUAUAACCAAUGAAGAACUUGAUUCAAAAUCUCAAUGUUCAUCACAUUGUAUACCUCAUGAAAAAUUUUCCAUGAAUCUAUUCGAACAGAUCAUUUGUUAUUCAUGUGGUGCCACCUCCGAUCCAUUCAUAUUUUCACAGAUGGUUCAUUAUAUUUCUACCUCAGCAUUAUGUACGGCUGCUACUUCCUCAACAUCAACAUCACUGUCAACAUCAACAUUGACAUCGACAUCAAUACACAAUGGAGUUGUCAAUGUCGAUAAUAAUAAUAUUAGUCAUAACAAUGCUGUUGAUGAUAAAAUCAUGAAUUUCGGACAAUUGAUUAAAAUGGCCAAUUCAAUGGGCGAUAUUCGUAAUUGUCCGAAAAUGUGUGGCGCAAGAAUGAACAUUGAAAAACGAUUACUCAAUAGACCUGAUAUAAUAAGCAUUGGUCUUGUAUGGGAUACUGAUCAUCCAUCAUUGACAUUCAUUCGAAAUGUCUAUCAAUUGAUUGGAACGAAUAUUCGUCUGAAUGAAUUAUUUAAUUUGAAAGAAACCAAUUCGUUUCAUCAUCAACAACAACUUGAUGAUAAUCAACAAUUAAAUUUAGUUGGUUUGGUUACCUAUUAUGGCAAACAUUAUAGUACAUAUAUAUUCAAUACAAAACUUUCACAAUGGAUCUAUUUUGAUGAUGCAACGGUACGGGUGGUUGGAUCACAAUGGCAACAAGUUGUUGAAAAAUGUAUCAAAGGCCAUUUUCAACCAUUAUUAUUAUUAUAUUCAAAUCCAAAUGCAAAAAUUAUCAACACAAAAAAUGCUUUAAAAGAAAUCAUACCGAUGACGGUCAUUAAAAAACCUGUUGUCGAUGAAAUUGAACCAUCAUUGUCAGUAAAUUCUUCUAGUAAUAUAGUCAAUCCACUUCCACCCACCACUAUUACAACUAGAAAAUCACCAAUACCACCGCCUAUACCUCCUCAUAAUCUUUUGUCAUCAUACGUGAAGCCAAAAUCCACCGAAACAACAACAAACAUUAAUAAUUCAAAAUUAGAUACGAUUAGUCAUCAUAGUAAUCAUCAUCAACAAAAACAACAUCCAGCAUUAUAUCGACAUAAUGUUGCACAUUAUAAUUCGGAUGUGCCUGAUUCACCAUCGGCUACCUCGACCACUUCAUAUUUCAGUGAUGUAGGUGCUGAUUCAACCGAUGGUUAUAUAUCAAGAAAAACUGUCGAAAACAUAAUCAAAAUUCAACAAAGAUCAACAAAAACUUCGCAAAAUUUAUUAAAAUUAGAUAAUCAUUCAUCAACAAUGCUCAAUAAUGGUGUAUAUGAUGAUCGAAAAUAUAAUCGAAAUAGUUCAAGUAGCAUCGAAUCAUUUGAUCUAGUUGUUCGCAGUUCUAAAAUAUCUUCUACUUUGUCAACAACAUCAAUGAUGAUGAAUCAAAUCAAUAGCUGUUUAUUGCAACGAAGAGAUUCCGGAAACAGUGAUCGUGCAUCAAGUGUUUCGUCAAAUGAUACAUCAUAUCAACGUCAACAAUUGAUGACAAAAAAUUCUAAUCGAAAUACUUCAACAGCUAAAAAUGCUUCUGAUCAAGGUUAUGAUUCAUUUUCAUUGUCCAGUUCUGAUAGUUAUCCAUCAACUAUUUCGCCAUCAAAAUUGAAUAGCCGUUUGAAACAGAUUCCUGAAGAUGAUAGCCAACUGAUUGACAUGGUUAAUAAUCUGUCGACAAUAGAUGAAUGCGAUAAACUUUGUUCGGAAGCGGACAUUCUUUUAUUACGAUCACAUGAAAAAGAACGUGAAGGAGAUUUACGUGCGGCAGCUGCAUUAAGUGAUUCAGCUGCUGCAAAAGCAAGAUUAGCUAUGGACAUACCAUACAGUAAUCAUCAAACGUUAAUAUCCGCCAAAAUGAAACAUAGCAUGUGUGUAAUGCGUUCGGCAAGCUUACACAAAAGAGUUGUUGAGCUUGAAACUGAAGAAAAACGAUUAUUGAAAGCUGCCGCAUUGGAAGCGGCGUCUCAUCAUAGUCGACAAUCAAGCCGAGAUAGUAGCUAUGGACGACAUAGUCGUCAAUCUAGUCGUGAUAAUAAAGACCCAACUAAAGUGAUCACAACUUAUAAACAAGAUGCAUCCAUUGAUAAUCGAAUAAACGCAGUCAAAUCUAAAUCUGAUAGCAAAAAUCAUUGGCCAUCCUUAGAAAUUUAUGCUACAUUACCUAAAAAAUCUAAAAGUAAAUCGAAUACGAAAAAUUCGAUAUCGGUCGAAAAUGUUACAAACAAAUUAAAAGAUAAUGCAACAAAAUCGAUGAUAGCAAGUCGUGAUCAUCAAUUGAUUUAUGAAAAUUUACAAAUGAUUAAACCGCAAACAAAAUCAAACAAAACAUCAUCAAAAUCGAAAGUAUCUUUGAUAUCGGAUUCAGAAUUUAGUGAUUAUCAUAGCGAAUGGGAAGCCAUUCAUAAGAAAAGACCGAAAACCAAAAUAAAUGAUCCGAUCAGUAAUACGGGUUGGCAAAGUUGUCGAGAAAAUACUGAUAGCGAUGCUGGAUAUGCCGAAUUCGCUUCAUCACAUGUUUCUUCAAAGUCAUCUUUGAAUAGUAAAAAAAUUAGCCCAAAAAGUCAAUGUAAAGUCAAACGGAAAUUAAUGUUUGGUAAUUUCUUAAAAUCAAAAAAUCAAAGUCUCCCGGAUCUUCGUGAAGACAUUCAACAAUCAAACAAAAAUGAAACACCUGAAGGAAAUAAAUGUAAAGAUGAUGACAGUAUUCAUCGAUCAUCGGCUAUUGCUCAGAUCAAUGCUAAAGGAUUUCAUCAAUUACAUCGAUCAUCUGUUGCUGAACAAGGUUUCAGAUCAAAACCAUUGUUAAUCAAGGUUAAACCACCGGCUGUUAUAAAUGGUUCAAAUAAACCAUUACCUCCGCUUCCGUGUUCGCCAUCACCUUCAACACUAAACACUGAACAAAUAAAACAUCAGCAUAAUAAAUCAUCAAAAAAUGAACAGAUUGCACUGAUAGCGACAACAACGAAUACGAUUACAACACAAAUGAAAUCAGAUUGCGUUAGACGAGAGAAACCAUUGCCACCGAAACGUAAUCUAUUUCUUGAAGAAUUAAAUCGUAAACGAAGUGAAAUAUUGAAAUGUGAAAAACAAAUAAAUAGUGUUGACAAUAAUGAUCAUAACAAUGAAAAAAUUUAUUCCAAUAUUCAACCUAAACCAAUUCAGUCGCUAAGCAACAACGGACAACUGAUACAAGACAAAAAAGAAUUAAAAUCAACUGCCGGUUCAGGUCCAACACCGGUGCCAGUGAUUAGUAGAAAACCUAGCAUGUUUGAAAUUACAAAUUUCAUUUCGAAAAAUUCUCCACCACUAUCAUCUCAUCAAAAUAUUGACCAUAAUCAGAACAUUACUAAAUCAACAUCAUCAUCAUCAACAAAAGUUCAUAUGCCAAUACCAGUUAAUCCACGAUCAAAUAGACUUCAAAGACCACCCGAUUAUGAAACAACAUUAAAACGAUUACAUCAAAAACAAUCAAAUCCAAUCUAUUCAAAUCUACCACCACCAUCACCGACAAUAUCAAUGAUUAUGAAUUUGGAACAACGUACCAAUUUCAAUGAUCAAGUCAUAUCAUCAUCUAUCACUGCAAAUCAUCAUCAGCAACAAGUUAAUCAAACACAAACAUAUCAUACUUCAUCAAACGAUAAAAAAAUACCAAUGCAACGGAAUAAUAAAAAAUCUGUAAAAUUUUCCGAUCAAAUUGAAUUGGUUGCCUGUGCUGAUGAUGUGAUUGAACAUGAUGAACCAUUACCGAAUCUAUUAUUGGAAAAAGUUCUAGGCAAAACACAAAAUAUUGUCUAUACAUUACAGCAGUGAUUCUCAACCUUUUUGUUGUCGCGGCACAAUUUUAGAAUUUUUAAAUAUAUAACAGUUGCAUUUUCAGAAUUUCGCGGCACACCAAAGUGCCGCGGCACACUGGUUGAGAAUCACUGGUGUAAAU